CAGCAGGGCGUGCACCGCCACACACCGCGGGGCCCCUCAGCACAGGCAGGGCGUGCACCUCCAGGCUCCGUGCACCCCCCGGGGGCCCCUCAGCACAGCCUGCAGCACGGCGGGGCUCGCCUCUCCGCUCACGAGCUAGCCCCUGCCCUCUCCGGGCGCCUCCUCCAUCAGGGGCGGGAGACAUGGAGGCGGGAGCUGAGUACAUGCUGCAGUCCCUACUACUCACCUCAUCAUUCAUUUCCUAGUGGGGGGGAGGAGGAAGAGCCGGCACGGGAUGCGGGGCUCUGGGCUCGGGCUGUAUAGACCCCUGUGCCAUUCUUAGGUGCCAGCUGAUGCCCAGCGGUGACAUGUGACAGCCGAUACUCCGCAAUGUUCCGACAGGUCUGCAGUCGCCUGUGUCCUGGAGAAGAAAAUCGCGUGGGGACCCGCACUGUGUAUGUCGGGCAUCGGCCAGCUUCAGAAACCGAUGCUUAUAUUGCGCCUAAAUUCUGUGAUAACCGGAUUGUCUCAUCAAAGUACACCGUGUGGAACUUUAUCCCAAAAAAUCUGUUUGAGCAGUUUAGAAGAAUUGCAAAUUUUUAUUUUCUCAUCAUCUUUUUGGUUCAGGCAAUUGUUGAUACACCAACAAGCCCAGUAACCAGUGGCCUUCCUCUUUUCUUCGUCAUCACAGUUACCGCUAUCAAACAGGGCUUUGAAGACUGGCUCCGACAUCGAGCAGACAAGGAGGUCAAUAAGAGCACAGUGUAUAUUAUAGAAAACUGUAAACGAGUCAAGAAAGAGAGUGAGAAGAUUAAGGUUGGUGACAUAGUAGAAGUAAGAGAUGAUGAGACCUUCCCAUGUGACCUCAUCCUUCUGUCCUCCAGCUGUGGAGAUGGUAACUGCACAGUUACUACAGCGAGUCUUGACGGGGAGUCUAACGCCAAGACUUAUAUCGCUGUACGGGAAACGUCUGGUUUCUGCAGUGAAGAAGCGGUGGGCAAUCUCAGAGCCACUAUUGAAUGUGAACAGCCCCAGCCCGACCUUUACAAGUUUGUUGGACGAAUGAACAUAUACACCAAUCAGGAAGUUAAAGCAAGGUCUUUGGGCCCUGAAAAUUUGCUGCUGAAAGGAGCGACUUUAAAAAAUACAAAGAAGAUUUACGGUGUCGCAGUCUAUACUGGCAUGGAGACCAAAAUGGCUUUGAACUACCAAGGAAAAUCUCAGAAGCGCUCUGCGGUGGAGAAAUCAAUUAAUGCCUUUUUAGUAGUGUAUCUGUUCAUCCUGGUCUCCAAAGCUUCCAUCUGUACCACAUUGAAGUACGUAUGGCAGAGCAAUCCUGCCAACGACGAGCCCUGGUACAAUGAGAAGACUCGCAAGGAGAAGGAGUCAUUCAAGAUAUUAAAGAUCUUUACAGAUUUCCUUUCCUUUAUGGUUCUUUUCAACUUCAUCAUCCCUGUGUCCAUGUACGUCACUGUGGAAAUGCAAAAGUUCUUAGGAUCCUUCUUCAUUUCAUGGGACAAGGAGAUGUAUGAUGAGGAAAUAAAGGAGGGAGCACUGGUGAACACUUCUGACCUUAAUGAGGAGCUUGGGCAGGUGGAGUACGUGUUCACUGACAAGACUGGCACGCUGACAGAAAACUCAAUGGAGUUUAUUGAAUGCUGCAUAGAUGGCUACAAAUACAAGGAGACUGGAGAUGGACUGUCUGUAACCGAUGGGCCUGCUGGAUUCUAUGGAAAAGCUUCUAAGGAUAGAGAGGAGCUGUUCCUGCGGGCGCUCUGUCUGUGCCAUACCGUCCAGAUGAAAGAAGAGUGUCAGACUGACGGACCCAUUGCAUCAUCCGAGAGCAAAUGCUCCUACGUCUCUUCUUCUCCCGAUGAAAUCGCUUUAUUGACUGGAGCCAAAAAGUAUGGAUUCACCUAUAUGGGGACUGAAAAUGAUUUCAUGAAGGUGAAAAACCAAAACAAUGAGCUGGAGGUCUACCAGCUUCUUCAUGUGCUGAACUUUGAUCCUGUGAGACGGCGAAUGAGCGUGCUUGUCAGAACGAACACAGGCAAAAUUUUCCUUUUCUGCAAAGGAGCUGACUCUUCGGUGUUUAAUAGAGUGGUGCGGGAAGAGGUCGCGCGCAUUAAGGUUCACGUGGAGCAGAAUGCUCUGGACGGAUACCGGACUCUCUGUGUAGCCUACAAGGAGCUGGGCAUGGAGGAGUAUGAGAAAGUGCACAAACAGCUGGACGAGGCGAAUAUGGCUUUACAAGACCGGGAAGAGAAGCUGGCCCGAGUAUUUGAUGAUAUAGAAGACAGCAUGCACUUACUUGGAGCUACUGCUGUAGAAGACAGACUACAGGAGCAAGCUGCAGAAACCAUUGAGGCUCUCCAUGCGGCCGGCAUGAAGGUCUGGGUGCUAACUGGAGACAAAAUGGAGACGGCAAAGUCCACAUGUUAUGCCUGCCGAUUGUUUCAGAAUACCACUGAACUGCUGGAACUGACCACCAAAAACAUGGAGGAAUGUGAAAGGAAGGAGGAUCGCUUACAAGAGCUUCUCCUGGAGUAUCACCGGAAGCUGGUGCAAGAAGCACCCAAAAUAAAAGGGAGCGUCAAAAGGAGCUGGACAGGAAGCCAGGAUUACGGACUGAUAAUUGACGGUUCCACGCUGUCACUCAUCUUAAAUACCAACUGCAGCUCCAGUCCUUAUAAAAACAUAUUUCUCCAGAUCUGCCAGAAGUGUACAGCGAUCUUAUGUUGUCGUAUGGCACCCCUGCAGAAAGCACAGAUUGUUAAAAUGGUGAAAAACAGUAAAGGAAAUCCAAUCACAUUAUCUGUGGGAGAUGGAGCUAAUGAUGUUAGCAUGAUAUUGGAAGCACACGUUGGCAUAGGUAUAAAAGGAAAAGAAGGCCGCCAAGCAGCGAGAAACAGCGACUAUGCCGUGCCAAAAUUCAAGCACUUAAAAAAACUUCUUUUAGCUCACGGCCACUUGUACUACGUCAGGAUAGCGCACCUUGUACAGUAUUUCUUUUAUAAGAACCUGUGCUUCAUCCUGCCACAGUUUUUAUACCAAUUCUUUUGUGGGUUUUCACAACAGCCGCUGUAUGAUGCUGCAUAUUUGACCAUGUACAACAUCUGCUUUACCUCUCUACCCAUCCUGGCUUAUAGUUUAUUGGAACAACACAUGAGCAUCGAAACGCUAAUGGAAAAUCCUAAGUUAUAUAUGAGAAUAUCUGAUAACUCAAUGCUGCAGUGGUUGCCUUUUCUGUACUGGACUGCACUGGGAGCUUUUGAAGGACUAGUAUUAUUCUUCGGAGUUUAUUUCCUGUUCCAAAAUCCUUCACUGGAAGGCAAUGGUCAGGUAUUUGGGAACUGGUCUUUUGGAACAAUCGUCUUCACUACAUUAGUGUUUACAGUCACAUUAAAGCUUGCAUUAGAUACUCGAUACUGGACGUGGAUGAAUCAUUUGGUCAUAUGGGGCUCAUUGGCCUUUUACGUCAUCUUCUCCAUAUUUUGGGGAGGAAUCAUUUGGCCGUUCCUCAGACAGCAGAGAAUGUACUUUGUGUUUUCUCACAUGUUGACAUCCGUCUCAGUUUGGCUUGCCAUAAUUCUGCUGAUUUUUAUCAGUCUUUAUCCAGAAAUAUUGUUGAUCGUUGUAAGAAAUCUUAAGAAUGCAGGUCAAAAGCAUUUACAGGUCCAGGUGCCUAUGCUGAUAUCCUACAAAAAUGUGGAGAACGGGUGCCUCUCUCGAAUAAGAUUUGAAGAGUACAAACUGAACCCUUUACUGUCGUCUUUUGACGUAUAUCAGUGAUAUACAUGAAUACACUGUGCAAGGCCAGCAAUACCACUAAGGACGAGGAGUGCUUCUCCUUUGUGAUCUUUAUAUGUUACACACGAGAUCAAAACGGGACUUAGCUUCAGCCAAGAACACAAGACCACCAGAAGAUGCGAGAGGACUCCAUUUUCCGAUUCUUCUACUUUGGCCUUGAAGACUUGUGGAUGUUCAGACAAAGCGUCUGGAUGAACUACCUGCCUAACCCUCUUGGUGCAUGUGCUGUACACAAUAACGUCGCCUUUAUGCAAAACCUUGCACAUCCCUUGAGGAGAUGUGUUCUGCAUUUUUAUAUUCAUGAGAACAUGCAUUUAUAACAGCCGACUAACCGCAUAUUAUUGCACAGGAAUACUUAGCAGUUUGAGUUGUCUCCUUGUUUGGUUUCGUCAUUUUCCUCCACACACUGGCAGGCUUAGUUACGGAAGGUUGUUAUAUUUCAGAUUGCUGUUUCGGGCUUAAUCCUAGCAGGUAUAGCAUUACUGGUGGCUUCCGGCUACACGAGUAAUCACUAUCCAGGAUACGUCCGAUACCAGUGCAUCCAUCUGUACUUGCAUCGGGGAAUGUAACAUUGUGCAAACCUAUUGCUUCCAUCUGCAGGAAUGAAUGGUACCUGUAGGGGACUUAUCCGUGGGCAUGCAGUUAGUUUACAUUCAGCCAUGCGGACAAAAGUAAACUUCCCCUUUAACUUGUUAAGGGGGUUGUUUGGUAAUGUGGCUUUACCUACAAUGAAUGAUCAGGUUUCUCUGAGGCCGUACCAUGCAGGACUGACAGUCUGGUCCCUGUGUAGAUACAGACAUCCCUACAUAGGAUGCAUGAUGGUCAUUGAGACUCACAGGCACAUACCCAACAACUGCAUUACCUGUCAACCCCUUUAAUGAUAUUAAAGGCUACACAAACGGGCAGCGACAGUGAGGUAUGAUGGUUGUAGCUGGAAAGGAACUCAAGCAGAAUGUGCUUUCUACAAUAGUUUUUUUCUAAUAAUUUUUUUAUGUUUUAUAUUAACACCUAUCUAUAUUGCUUUAAGUCUUAGAUCGUAUUUCUUCCAUAACUAGUUUUUUGUUCCAGAUUUCCAUCUUUUUACAAUUUUGCAGUAACCAAAAGCAGCGGUCUAAUCAGUUUCUUUGCAAUGCACUGAGGUUUGCUGCAGUUUAUACAGGAGUUAAGAGACACGGUUUGUUACUGACCGUUUUGAAGAAAAAUAUAGACUAUUUAUUUAAAAAAAGGGUAUAUUUUUAUAUAGAGUGUCACAAUAGAGCAGUACUAAACAGUAGUAUUUAUUUGACUCAAUUGGCUGCGUAUCGGAAUGAAAUAUAGUCUCCUAUUCCACCACGUGUUUUCACUACCAGUCGCACAAUACUUGUGUUUACAUGGGGUCUGUAUCUUUACACUUAUUUUAGUGUAAUGUUUUACCCAUCCAAACCAUUCCAGAUUUUAAUACUAUGUGUAAUAUACAUGCAGGAAUAUGUUAUAUUUUUUUUUAUUCAAUAUGGAUUUUACAUUUGGACUCAUUUUUAGGUUUCCCUUUUUUAUACGUCACAAUUUCCCAGGUCUGGGGCGAUGCGUCCUGUUCAGAUGCUUGGUGUAAAUGGGCCGUAAAGUAAAUGUAUUUGAAAGAGACCUUUUUCUUUUUUUUUUUUGGUGGAUACGUGUAUGAACUGAUGUAAAAGUGAUUGCAAAUAUCUUGUACAAUGCAGUAUUAGUCCUCCAUUAUGUUUUUUGUGAUAUAUUUUAUGUCUAGAUUA